AUGCUUGGAGAAGCCUUCCUAACAGAAUUCUUUUACAAAGAACAUAAACAUGCAUUUCAUAAACCACUAAGAUGUAAGAAGACACCAAAUGAUGAAAAGGAAAAUUGGGAAAAUAAUCUUCUAGAUAUAAAGAACAAUUCACCUCCCCCUCUUAAGAUGGGAAGUCAAGAGAAAGUUGUAGAAGGAAGUCUAACUAAAGAAGAUAAUACAUCUCAAAUGAAAUCUGUGGAUGAGUUACCUGUUGCAAAAUUCAAAAGUACACCUCUUCCAGGAAAUGUAUCCAUUGCAUUGCCCAUUCCAAAGAGGGGACAUGAUGAAACACAACUGGAUUUAUAUCGGUCUUGGUCCUGUACAAGUAUUUGCCAGAACUAUCCUGACCUCCAGAUAGGAGGUGACCACGUUAGAAACAUGUAUGAUUCUGGCUGCUUUGUGGAACAUGCCCAUGAUGAUGUCUGUAAUGGUCCUCUUUUACUUUCAGUGGAUAUGCCAUUGGGCCACUCUCCUAAAACGGGGCCUCUGGAGAAAACAAGCGCUUCAAAAUUAUUAAAUGGGGAUGAGAUUCGAGAAAAGAGCAUGCUCUUACAUAAGCAACCCCUUUCUAAUUCUAUGCUUAAUAGUUACAUGGAAAAAAAGGUGGAUGAACUCUACAAACAGUUUUUGGAAGAAAACCUUACCAGAUGUCUCUCUAUAACCAACCUCCUGGCUUCUAAUAUACUGAUGAAUAAUGUUAAUCAAAUUAGCCUUCAGAUCUCUCAAGACCAGAACAUAGAGGCAUCCAAAGCCCGAGAAGCCCUACUCCACUCUUUAGCACGCUGUAAUUUUCGUAAUUCUUCCAACAGAAAUAGCACUGAAUUAAGCACGCCUAAUUUACAGAUAUCAAACCAAACUAGUCGGGAACUUGUGAGACGUCUGUAA